AUCGAUUUCAAGUUUUCAAUCCAAAAGAUAAAGCAGCUGCAGGGAGAUGACACGGAAAAAGGAAAAAGCAAAGGAAAGAAGAGAGAAGAGACUACAGGAGAUUUCCCUUCUUAGGACCAUUCCUUAUUCCGAUCAUCAAAGGUGGUGGUCUCAAGAAACUAUUGCUGUGGUAACUGGUGCUAAUAGAGGAAUUGGGUUUGAGAUUGCAAGGCAACUAGCAGGGCAUGGAUUGACAGUGAUACUAACAUCAAGGAACACCAGCGUUGGCAUUGAGGCAUCCAAGGUCUUACAAGAAGGAGGUUUUAAUGUUGAUGUUCAUCAAUUGGAUAUCUUGGAUUCUGAAUCUAUCUCACGGUUUGCUGAGUGGGUACAAGAAAAAUACGGGAACAUAGAUAUCCUGGUGAAUAAUGCAGGUGUUAAUUACAAUCUUGGGGCUGAUAAUUCUGUUGAAUUUGCCAAACAAACAAUUGAUACCAACUAUUAUGGCACGAAAAACAUGAUUAAAGCAAUGAUACCUUUGAUGAGAUCUUCUGCUAUUGGUGCUCGGAUUGUUAAUGUGAGCUCAAGGCUAGGUAAACUUAACGGCCGAAGAAAUAGAAUUGAAGAUAAAGAAUUGAGGGAACAAUUAAGCAAGUUGGACACAUUAUCUGAGGAACUUAUAGAUCAAACCGUAUGUGCUUUCCUACAGCAAGUUGAAGAUGGUACCUGGGAAUCAGGAGGGUGGCCGAAGACAUUCACUGACUACUCAGUGUCAAAACUUGCUGUUAAUACGUACACCAGGCUGAUGGCCAAAGAACUCUCUGAGCGGCCAGAAGGUGAGAAGAUUUUUGUCAACUGCUACUGCCCAGGAUGGGUGAAGACUGCUAUGACAGGCUGGGCUGGGAAUAUAUCAGCUGAGGAUGCAGCUGACACUGGAGUAUGGCUUUCCCUGCUUUCUGACCAAGCAAUUACUGGGAAAUUUUUUGCAGAGAGACGAGAAAUAAACUUCUGAGGCGACUGGCUUCACUACUGCAGAUUCUGGGAUCCAGCUUCUCCUUCUGAGGUUAUAUUGUUGAGAAGAUUCUGAUACCAUCAUCUAUUGUCUCACAGUAAUCACUAAUGGGAAAAGUGGAUACUGUCACCAUUGGAGCUGGAAUAGAAAUUAGGGAUCAUGCAGCCUUUUCAACCUCCUAUACAAUGUUCGAGACUAAGAUGAAUAGUGUGCCAUAUUCAGAAUCUCUUGUAAUCCUCUGGAAAUGGAAAGUUUGUUUAUUAUUUCUGAUAUUAAUCUCUCGAUAUUUGGUAAUCACAUUGGAUUUCGAUUAAUUUGAAAUCGAACCGCAUUGGAAGAAGCUCUCAAUGCUUGUUUUUUCAUUUACAAAACUUAAACUCGAGGAGUUUGUUUGUUGUUGACAUCUUUCCCAUGCACCAAACAAGUUUGUAGUUUAAUGAUUAAGGUUCAUGAAAAAAAUAUUUAGAACAUU